CACUGAAAGAAUGAUUCAUAUGAAAUCUAAAAGAUGAAUAGUGGCACGAGGCGGGCCCUUACCGGCUCAAUACAUAAGAUUAGAGAGUUUGAAUUGGAAAAAGUAUGUUUGGUUGAAGAGUUUGAUAUACUUCAAAUAGUUGGAGAAGGAUGGUUCGGCAAAAUACUUUUAGUAGAACACAGAGCGUCUGAUACAGAAAUUGUCCUCAAGGCGUUACCAAAGCCUUAUGUAUCUAUUAGAGAUUUUUACAGAGAAUUCCAUUAUAGCUUACAUUUAAGUGCACAUAAGAACAUCGUCACAACAUUUGAUGUCGCUUUUGAAACGGCUGGUUUUUAUGUCUUCUGUCAGGAAUAUGCACCUUUAGGCGACCUAACAUCAAACAUGUUAGAUACUGGAAUAGGAGAAAUCCAUACAAAAAGGGUCGCAAAGCAAUUAGCCGCGGCUUUGGAGCAUCUACAUCAAAGAGAUCUUGUGCAUCGCGAUGUGAAAUUAGACAAUAUUCUUAUAUUUAAAUCUGAUUUUUCUAGAAUUAAGCUAUGUGAUUUUGGUGAAACAAGAAAAUCACAAUCCGUUGUUAGAAGACGAAAUGAAUGGUUACCAUAUUCACCACCGGAAAUAUUAAAACUCUCGAUGGAUAGCACCUACAAGGCACUAAUAAGUCAUGACAUAUGGCAAUUUGGAAUAGUUAUAUUUAUUUGUCUAACGGGUUGUUUGCCUUGGCAGAAAGCAGCGUUUGAUGAUCCCAGAUACUUGAGCUACUAUAAUUGGUAUAACAGCGCUAACCCCUUGAAAAAACAACCUAAACUAUGGAAAAUGGUAUCUUCAAAGGCGCAAAAAAUGUUUAAGAAAUUUAUAGAGCCAAGAGUUGAAAAAAGGGUUAGUAAUUUCACUGAGCUGUCCCGAUAUAGUGAUGACCGAUGGAUGGCGAAGGGAUACACGGAUCGACCUGCUGGUGGUGAUAUCGAUGAGCUUUGUCCAUCAAUGUAUAGUUUCCACAGCGAUCCCAAUGAGAAGAAUAUAUUACUGAAACAUUUCAAGGACAACGGUUAUGAGACAGUCGUUGAUCGUCACGAGAAAAAACAGAGGAUUCGGGAAUGGAUCCAAAACAGUGUGAUAGAAGAAGCCGAUGAAGAGGAGGAGAGUAACCACGAGGUUAUCUUCGAUGACGAUGAUACAGAGUUAGAAGAUCGAUCGCGACCACAUCCUAUAGAUGAAAGUCACAGAGUUACUCUUCGUUACGACACAGAAAAACAUAUAAAUCCACGAACGGGAGAAAUAAUUGAAGGAGUCAGUCGAACGCCUGAAAAAAAUCCUCUGUCUUAUGAUGUACAAAAUAUAGAGCCCGUUGCACCUGCUAAUGUCGUUCGCAGAUAUGGUAUAAAAAAUGAAUCUUCAUCGCAAAGCUCGACUAAGGACAGUGCCUAUGGUUCAAUGGAAACAGCUACGAAUAAAAAUACUUUAAGUAACAUUGAAAGCAAACAUAUGCUACAAAUUGAUAGAACAUCAAACUACUCCCCAAGUAGAUCAUUAAGUGCAAUAUCACUGCAACAAAAUAUACCAUUGUCGUCUCACGUUCAAAGAUUUCAAAAAAGUGAAGAAAUAUUUUCAAAGGAGUCAGAUAAUACAAAAGGAAGUACGUCAACUCUUCAAUCUACUGGUAAUUCUUCAAGAUCAAACAGCAUCCAAGUAACGCGGAAUAGCUCGCUCGCGAGUACGACUUCAAUAGAUGUUCCACCAGAAAAUGAACAUGUUAAUACUUUAAAACCUAAUCCUGUCGUGACUCAAAACGGUUUUAGUCCUGGUGAUGUAAAAUCUCAAGAACUAAAUGUCAUCGAAACGAAGCCUGCGUAUGUUUCAAUGAAAAAUUCAAUUUAUGAAAAUUUAAACGGUCGUGAUUUAACAAAGUACAAACGAAAUGAUAACAAUAUAGAAAAUAAUCAACCACUUGAUAGUCCAUACACUUCAAUGCUAAACAUUGUCCAAGGGCAAAUAAAAAUAAGUCCCCACGCUAAAGAGAGUAACAGAAACGUUGUAAAUGUUUCAGUAACACAAAUAAGUCGUAAUAACAAGCGAUAAUUUUGCUCAAAAAAUAUUAGAAACUUCCUUUAAAUGUACCUAAUAUUUAUGGUAAAAUAUUUAGAUUUUUUUUAUGGCAUUAUAUUCCAAAUAUAUAUUCGUUGCUAUGCCAUGUAUUUAAUUUUAAUUAAUUUAUACCCAUUACUUUUAUUCAUGAUACAAAUUAAUAUUUCGAGUAAUAUUUGUAAAUAUUAGAAAUAAGAUGUGAAGAUCCAUAAUUUAAUAUAUUUUAAUGCAAAUUGCUUUUGUGCGUAACGUGUGUAAAGCAAUGUUUGUUCUCGGAAUAAUAGGUAUAUACUCGGGUAGAUUAUUAUUUUUUAAAUAAAGACAUUUAUUUAUUUAU